UUUGAUCCUUUACGUGAAUAUCAUUAUCAUAUCAAGAUUUAUUAUGCAAUGAGUCAUCGUUAUUGAUUGAUGUACACGUGCACAUUGUUGUCAGACUAUCUAGAUGGCGCAUAGUUCGGCACUUUCGGAUUUCUCCGAUCUGAUAGACGGUUGGGCGUUGAUUCUUGUCGGGAAAAAAGUCGCGCUUUCAUUCGACGUCUUUUUAUGAUUCCGAUUGAUAGAGCUGCCCACCAAGUGUUUGUUUUAAUUCCUCUGUAAGAUGGAGGUUACAUUGGUUAGUGACGACAGUACUAGUUUAAGUUACUGGUUAAGAUGGGAAUUUUUUUUCUGUUUGCUAUCAGUCUUGACCUCCACGAUCGUAGCGUCGGUCCUGAUAUGGAAAUAUGAAGGUUCAAGCAACUCAGAAAGAGCGUAUUCUUUGUAUGACGGCGAAGCAUGGGUGCCAUGUGUGAAGGGACUGAGUCCUGUUUGGUUAUUGGCUUUCAGAAUCGUUGCAUCCUGUUUGCUUUUAGCCGCUUCCAUUGCCGAUGUUGCUACUCACGGGACUAACCUGUUUUACUACUAUACUCAGUGGACUUUGAUUUUGACCAUCUUCUAUUUUGUGUUUGGAUCACUGCUAUCCACUUGUGCAUGUAUGAGGCAACACAAAAUAUGCAACGCUCAUAGUAGACAUACGGAUGCAGAGAAAGGAAUGUACACGCGACUCACCAAAACAGGAACAGAUAACGCGGUUAACGAGUUAGGCGAAUGCUAUUUCUCACAAGCAGCUGCUUUUUGGGGUUACAUAUUUCAAAUCAUUUUCCAGAUGACUGCUGGAGCCGUAAUGCUGACGGAUGGUGUUUACUGGUUUGUUAUCUUCCCGUUUCUCACCAUUGUGGACUAUGAAAUGAGCUUUUUGACAGUUGUCGUACAUUCGCUCAAUCUUGUUUUGCUGCUAGGAGAUACAGCCAUGAAUAGCCUGGGGUUCCCGUGGUUCCGGAUUUCGUAUUUCAUCUUAUUCACUGCGUUUUACGUGAUGUUUGAGUGGAUUGUACAUGCCUUUGUGGCCACAUGGUGGCCAUACCCAUUUCUUAACGUAUCCGAGCAAUACGCUCCAAUGUGGUACUGGAUGGUUGCGGUGUUGCAUCUUCCAUGCUAUGCUAUGUUUGCAGUGUUGGUGAAAACAAAGUAUUUUAUAUUGUCUCGGUGGUUUCCUGAGUCUUACAAUUGUUUAAGAUGACAUCACCAACAAAAUGUUUAACAACUAAAAGUUGUCCUUCAUAAUGUAUUGAUUUGUUCUAUGUUGGUUUCACAACUCCCUCAUAGCUCUUGAGUCUCUUGAAUUUUCUGUUAAAAAGAUGUGAUUUUGUACAUGUUUAAAUGGUAUACAAAAAUGUGUUAAUUAAUA